AUGGCUUCUGUGAAUACUUCUGUCCGAUCUCGAAAGCUGAAACGUUCUCGCCCCUGCGAUGGAUGUGCUCUUAGAAAGAUCAAAUGCUCGGAUUCUAGACCAUGCACUCGAUGUCUCAACAAUGGAAUACCUUGUACCAACAACAGAAUAAGAAAAAAGUGUGGACCCAAGUCCAAAAAGCUACAAGACCCGCAAUACUUCCCAGUGGAGCCGAUACAAUUCUUUGCGGGCACAACCACUCCCAUAGAUAAGAUACCAAACAAUACCGAAUACUUGCCCUUCGAACUCAUUCCAAUGAAUAUCUUGCUUCCAUGUCUCCAGGUUUACCAAACAUGGUACUACAGUUUGUGGCCCGUAUUAUCUGUGACCCACUUGGUAACCAAGCUUUCAACUAUCCCGCCAGGAGAACAACUUAAUGAUGAGACUUCUAUUUCUUAUGCGCUCUGUUUGGCUGUGUGUGCCGCUAUCUCCAAACAAAUUGCUUUCAUUAGCGAAAAUUCAAACAUAAUCAAGCUCCCUUCCGGAGUUCAAGCUCGAGAUUACGCUUUGGCGGCUCUCAGAAUACGGAAUGAGUAUGAACAUCCCCUCAAUCCUACAAGUGAGACUUUGUUAACGUCCUUCUUCUUGUAUGUUUAUUAUAUCAACAAUAAAGGAGGUACUGCUGCUGCGAUUAUGUAUUUAAGGGAGGCUAUUUCCAUGGCCCAAAUAAUGCAUUUACAGGAUGCGGAUACUUAUAUGGGGAAGCCCCCUGCUGAAGUCCAUCGUUUGCGGAAAAUCUACUACCUUUUAUUGGUUACAGAGAGGUAUAUGUGUAUUCAAGAUGGUGUUCCAGUCAUUUUAGAUUCCAGUAUUCCUUUCCCAAUGUCUGACGGCGAGGAGUAUUCAGAUCUUUUGACUGGAUUCACAGAGCUCGUUAAAAUUUUUUCCAUACCCGAUCGUUUAUUCUUUGAGAAGAUGAGUGCCUCGCAUAGCAAUAAUACGUUUGGUGGUAACUUCGACAACCUCAAGAACUUCUUCCACUUGCCAAUUAAUAACAUCACAGAAGGUUGGGUGGUGGACGUGGAUAACAGGAUCAAAGGAAUAUCGAUAACAACGAAGGCUUCAGACAUCCAAAAGGUCAACUUGUUGCUCUCUAAACAUUGGAUGAGAUCUCUUGUUUGGCAUAUUUCCUUUCAGAAUGGACUUCUAUCUAUCAACCGAGAAGAAAAUGAUUGUUUAAGUGUCAGAUACCCGGUUGCAAUUGCUUACGAAUUCUUGACUUCAACAAGCAACUUGCCCAUGUAUGCAUUCGAAUCCAAUGGUCCGGGGGUAGUUGUAAAAUUAUUAGAAAUUGCCAAUGGUUUAGCUGAUACAAUGAAUGAUCUUACAUAUAUCAGGAACGGGGUGGAUACGUUUGCGUGCCUGAAUGCCUUGACAUCUAUAUUCUGGCUCAUCUCCAAAUUUAAGACUGAUGUCACUCUUCCGUUGAAUUUGUAUAACAAAAUCGAAGGUAUAGUUAAUGCCAGCCCUAUUCCAAGGAUGCGUUUCUCUCCCGUUUCUAGGGUUCUCGAAGAGGAAAUAGCGAAAAUAACAUCUGAUGUUUCUUCAUCUAGCGAAUCUUCUGAAGAAGCACUUGGAAUAGUAGCAUGGACUUAA